AUUCCUUUUAUGAAUAACCAGUUAGAGCCUAGUUCCUUGAUAAAUUGAGAUAUUUGAAAAAGAAACCACACAGAAAAACAAAAAAACAUGUCCGAAGAAGAAGAAAAAAAAAACUAACUCGAUCUACAUAGUUCCAGAUCUUAUGGAAGAGAUCUUCCUUAGAUUGCCGUUGAAAUCAAUCCGCAAAUUCAGUACCGUCUCAAAACGAUGGAGAUCAACUCUGGAAUCGGAGAUGUUCACUGGAAGGCGUAUGAAAUUAAAAAAGAGCCGGAAAAUCCUCCUGGCUGCUUACAACUGCAACUGCGGCCGCUACCGCCCGGGUCUCCUCCCUGAGUCUCGGUUCGAAGGGGACGAAGAGAUCGUCUACAUUCACUGCGAUGCGACAAGACCCUCGUUGGCUUACAACGGUUUGGUCUGCUUUCCUGAACCAGAUUGUAUCAUCCUUAUGAAUCCAUCCACCCAACAGCUCUUGAGAUUUCCUUCCGGACCAGACCCAGUGUCUCCGCAAUUUAGGUCGAACCACUUUCUGGGAAAUAGGGUCAUGGGAUUCGGUAGAGACAAAGUUACUGGGAGGUAUAAAGUAGCUAAGAUGUCGGUUGAACGUAUGUUUGAGGAUUGCUACGUUCUUGAUGUUGAAAGCGGUGAAUGGAGGAAACUGAAGCGACCUCCUUAUGUGACCGAUUUAGGAAGACAGUCCGUGUGUGCGAAUGGAUCGAUCUACUGGUUCUUUUCGGAUGCUGCGGGCAUCGGGUCUCGUUACCGUUUACUAGCCUUGGAUCUUCACAAGGAAGAGUUCCAUAAGGUCUCUGUUCCUGAAACGUUGGUCAAGCGAGACACUCUGAUUGUUAACCUUGAGGACCGUCUAGCUAUAUCCAACACCCGGGCUGAUGGGAUACUAGAGAUAUAUAGCAUGAACGCAGAAGAAGAAGUGUGGAGCAAGACUUAUUCCAUAACUCUACCGGAGACAAUGUGUUGCAUGCCGGUUUCGGUUUCUAAGCAAGGGAAUCUCGUCUUUUCGAACAAUGAGAAGAGAAGUUUGUUCAAAUAUUAUCCAGAGACGGGUGAGAUUGCUCUCUCCUUGGAUAUGUGUGUUAUAUCUCCUUACCUCGAGAAUUUGGCUCCGCUCCGGUCCCAAGCAGGACAUUAUCCUGGUCAUAAAAUCAGGUCAUUUAGAUGCAGAUUGGUUUGGACGCCGAGAAGGGUCAAAUUUGGGAUCCUUGUGUUAUUCGCUCUAGUUGUUUACAGUUUGAUGAGCUCAUUAACUCUUGAGGAAUUAAGGACGACGACACACGUCACACACGAGUGGUGGAUAGAAAAAAAACAAGUAGACUUAUCAAAAGUAACCGGAGGUAGUCUGCUUGGACUGGUUCUCGUUUCGUUAUGGUAUUGUUAUAUUUUCUCGAUAAGAGAAUUUGUUAGCUCCUUUUCUUGUGCUCUUGUGUAUAUCUGGUUAUUUUACAUAUGAGAAUUGGUCUUCCUCGUUUGUAAGUGACGUUCUCCACUUCUUCAUUUUUUUUAUAUAGAUAAUUUAUUGGAA